AUGGGCCCCGUCGCCGCCCUUCGCGGCCCUGUCGCCGCCCUUCACGACCCCGUCGCCGCCCUUCGCGGCCCCUCACGGCCCCGUCUCGGCCCCGUCGCCGCCCUUCGCGGCCCCUCACAGCCCCUUCGCGGCCCCUUCACCGCCCUUAGCGGCCCCUUCUCGGCUCCUCUGCGGCCCCUUCUCGGCUCCCUCAUGGACCUGCCGCCCCGCCGUCGCCGCCCCUGCAGCAGCACCCGUCGCCGCCCCUGCAGCAGGAGCCACAGCCGCCGACAGCAGCAGCUGCUGCCGCCACUACCGGGGCCGCCGCCGCCGCAGCCGCCGACUGCAGCCGCCGCCGCCGCCGCCGACAGCAGGGGCCGCCGCCGCCGUUCCGGCCCUGCCCUGCAGAGAGGAGCGGCAAUCCUCUGCCGCCCUGUAGCGGCCCUGUCCCUGCCGGCGCGCCUCGGCCCUGCCCCACCACUUGCGGACCUCUAUCCACCUGCCCUGUGCGAUAGGAAAGACGGUCUCUCACUGUUCGAUCUCACGUCGGGCGCCUCUGCUGCCCCUGCUGCCGAUGCUGACAGCACUGUUCGCUCACAGUGGGCCACACGCGAGGCUGCUGCCCGUCUUGCUGUGCGUAGUCACUUACCAUCCUCUGAGCGCGCGCACUUCAGUCAGUACAAGAGUGCUAGGACCUUGGACCACUUCCUCUCUGUUUGCCCCACCACACUCACCGUUGACCUCCUUGAGGAGCGCUUCCUGGCAGCUGAGAAAAGUAUAGUCGCUGUAGGAGCCUCUCGUGGUGACCCUCGUGCCCCCUUCUUUGAGGGGUGCUCCCCCUCCCCCCUUUUGCCCUCUGUUGCCUCUGCUGCUGCCGUCGACUUCGUUGGCACCGAGUCGGUCGGCGCUGCGUCUGCCCCUAGCGGGAGCCGCCGCACCGGCAAGGGCAAGGGGGGCAAGGGCGCUGGAGGGGCUGGCGGGGGCGGUGGAGGUGGCGGCGGAGGCGGCGGAGAGAGUGGGGGUGGCGGUGGGAGUGGUGGCGGGGGUUGGAGCUUCGGUGGCGGCGGUGGAGGCGGAGGCGGCGGCGGCGGUGGCGGUGGGAGCGGAGGAGGAGGCAGUGGCGGCGGUGGCGGAGGUGGCGGCGGCGGAGGUGGAGCUGGUCGGGGUGGCUCUGCGCAGCGGAGCGGCUUCGGUGGUGGUCAGCGUCAGCAGCAGCAGUGCUCUCGUGAGACCCCGCCCCCCCAGCAGCUUCGUGAGAGGUACGCUGCGCGUCAGCGGGGUGGGGAUGCUGGUCCCUGUGUCUACGUCCUGUGUACCGGCGACCGCACUGGUGAGCUGUGCGGUGGCCCGCACACCACCCGGCGCUGCUUUGGCCGCCUGACGAACGCUUGGCGUCUCCAGUUCCCUGACGCCACUGAGAUCCCCCACUUGGCGGCUCCGCCGCCUCCUUCAGUGGCCCCGUCGCCGCCCUCCCCUUAUGGCCCGUCGCCGCCCUUACAGCGGCCCCGUCGCCGCCCUUUCAGCGGCCCCGCCGCCUUCUUCAGCGGCCCCGUCGCCACCCCUGCAGCGGCCUCGACGCCGCCCUUUCAGCGGCCCUCUCGCCGCCUCCUUUGCGGCCCCGUCGCCGCUCACUUCAGCGGCCCCACAGCCCUACGCGGCCCCGCCUUCCUUAGCGGCACAGUAGCCCAGCAGCCGAGCCGCAGAGCCUCCAAGCAGCCGAGCCGCCGAGCAGCCGAGCCGCCGAGCCGCCGAGCCGCCCAGAAGCCGAGCCGCCGAGCCGCCCAGCAGCCGGGCUGCCCUCCUUGGAGCCGUCCCACCUACCUGGGACGUGCUGUUGACUUUGAGAUCUGGGUAGAUGAUUUACAGCUUUUCCUCCAGUGCGACAGGGCAGACGACCUUUCUCUGUUUGACCUUACCUCUGGCGCCUCCCCUGCCCCUGCUGCUGAUGCUGACGCCACUGUUUGCUCACAGUGGGCCACACGGGAUGCUGCUGCUCGCCUUGCUGUGCGCCGCCACUUGCCGACCGCUGAGCGCGCGCACUUUAGUCAGUACAAGACCUCUAAGACCUUAUACGACGCUGUAGUUGCGCGCUACUCCUCCCCUGCCACUGCUGCCCUUAGCCGCCUCAUCCUGCCAAACCUCUUUCCUGACCUCGCUACCUUUCCUACUGUCGCUGACCUCAUCACGCACCUUUGCACUAGUGACGCUCGUUACCGCGCUGCCCUUCCCGCUGAGUUAUGCGCCAAGAACCCCCACCCUAUGUAUAUCACCCUCUACUACAUAGUUACCUGGCUCCCUGACACACUUCGCCCAGUCAGGGACCACUUCCUCUCUAUCUGCCCCACCACUCUCACCGUUGAGCUCCUUGAGGAGCGCCUCCUAGCAGCAGAGAAGAGCAUAGUCGCUGUAGGAGCCUCUCGUGGUGACCCCCGUACCCCUGUCUUUGAGGGGUGCCCCCCCUCCCCCCUCUUGCCCUCUGUUGCCUCUGCUGCUGUGGCCGACCUACGGGGUGGAGGUCCUGGCCCCUGUACCUACGUCCUCCGCACCGGCGACCGCUCGGGUGAGCAGUGUGGGGGUCUGCACUCCACCCAGCGCUGCUUUGGCCGCCUGACAGACGCUUGGCGUCACCACUUUCUUGACGCGACUGAGAUCCCUCGCUGGGGCGAGUUGUUUAGGGCGGGGGUUGCUAUCUUUGAUCUUGACUUUGAUGCUAUCCUUGCUGCCAUAUAUGCUGUGACCAUUAGUGAUGAGGGUGACUAUUACCGGUGUUUUCCGCCUGACCCGGGCAUUGAGACUGCUGCUCUAGGUACUGGUGAGGCUGCUGCUCUUGGUGCUAGCGAGGCUACUGCUCUAGGUGCCAGUGCGUCUGCGUCCUCAGGAGCUGGUGAGUCUGUUCUCUCAGGAUGA